AUGGAUCAGACAACACAGUUUCCAUAUGUCCGACACUUGCAUUUCAUGGAAUUGUGUACCGAUUCUCUCAGAUCUAUAAUUAAACGGAAAACACUCAACGAAUUUCAUGCCAAACAAUGGUUCAGACAGGUAUCGAUGGGACUCCAGUAUCUGCACCAUAUGGGCAUUGCGCACAUGGAUAUCAAGACAGCUAACAUCCUAUUCAUAUACGAUUCGAGCACUGGUACGACUACCUAUAAGUUAUCUGAUUAUGGUCUAUCGGUAACCAGUAACCAAAUUGACUAUUUUGUAGGUACUCAUGCGUUUGCUGCACCGGAACUUGCCAGAGCUAGUAUGGGAGCACCGGUAGAUACAUUUCGGUGCGACAUAUACAGUCUUGGAUUGACUAUUUGCGAAACGCUGGCAGGCAAAAAUCAGCACAGGUAUGCCAUGAUCGCUAUUAAAAAGGUAACAAUUCCUAAUCAGUUGGGCCAACUAACCAACAAAAAUGCCAGUCCCCGGCUUACAAUAAGCACCUAUCCGUUUGUCCAUAUGAUUAAUUGGAUGCUUGAUGACAAUCCCAUCCAUCGGCCUACAAUCGAUGAACUAAUUAAUUGUCAAUGGUUUCAGACAUAG